ACAUACACAUACAUACACACAACACACAUACAUACCUAUACAUACACACACAUACAUACAUACAACACACAUACAUACAUACAUACAUACAUACAUACAUACAUACAUACAUACAUACAUACAUACAUACAUACAUACAUAUACAUACAUACAUACGAACAAACAUACUCAUAUAAUAUGAGAUCAUCAUACAUAAUAUCCAAAAAUAUUAUACCUACAAUUUUCAGAUUAUAAUCACAUUCGGAAAAAAUGACUCGCUAAAGCAUACGUUAUACAUCGGAAUAUAUCACACACACACACACACACACACACACACGGAAACUCACACAUAGUCACAAUUAUAAAUAUUGAAACAUUCCAAUCCAACAGAGUACCAUCCUAAAUUAUAUUUUACACCCCGCCACCCGUCCUCACGCCCUAACAAUAUCAUCCGACUACAGACCUGUACAAGCCUGUAGUGACACGUCCGAGUAUUGUCGAUGAAUUUCAGGCAGAAAGUAGUGCACACAGAGCAAAAUUAAAUCAGUCUGUUAACUACAGUUCAAGACGUUCAAGUGUCAAGUCGUGUUAUUUCAGAGUUCUUAUGUGUUUUUAAAGUGUAUACAAAUAUUUUACAAGUUUUAUAAAAAUCAAAUUAUUUAUUUUACUUUAAUGAACACCAUAGUUCAUUUUUUCACCACUAGUUCCGAUAUUAGCGCAUACGUUAAUAUUCGCUUAGAUAAAACUAUUUCACACUGUUAUUUAAAGUACAAUAUAUUUUUCUAUAAUUCAUUACCCAUCUAUUCGUUGAAGGUAAAGUCUUGUUUCGCGAGUUCGACUAGUGUUCUUCAGUUUUCAUCAGACGUAAUCAUGUUCCCCUGUAGUAUAUGUGGUAAAACCUUUACUCGAAUCAGUAGUUUACACAGACAUGCCAAGUCACAUGAUGUUUCCAAAAAGAUUUCAUGCAAUAUAUGCUCAGAAAUAUUCACGCGAAAAGAUAACCUCAUCAGACAUACCAAGGAUAAACACCCUUCAAAUAUUGUAGUUCAACAACAACCAACCAUAACCAAGCAAGAAAUUCAAGAUUUUUUUUACACCAGCUGAACACAUUUACGAUUAUAAUGUUCAAUCUCGCAAUGGUCAUAAGCGCCCAUAUCAUACGGAAAAUUCGAAUGAAGCAGCAAAUGCUAAAAAGACACGCAUGAGCAUCGUCAAGACACGAGGAUUCAUCAAGACAGGCACAUCGUUAUCGAAUAAAAUCAAUUGGUAUUACGUGAAAAAUACAGAUAACUUGACCAACUACAGAACAUUUUUAGAAUCAACAAAAAAAGACUUAAUAGAACUACUCAAGUCACUAUCAGCAAAACAACCAAUUAAAUAUAAUCUUAAAUUAGAAGCAACAUAUGAACGCCCGAACGUAGAAAAUUCAGCAGAGAAUAGAGCAUUUAAGACCUCAGCUAAGGAAAUGUUUAUAGAUACAGAUAUUGAAGCUAAAAUUAAUCAAGAUUUUGUCAACCUUUUGCUUGAAGAAGAAAUGUAUACUUCUAAAGGAAGUGGAUUUACACUACAAUCAAUAGAUGGUUUACUGUUAGGAGUAUAUAGUUAUUUCCCUAUGGGUGGUUCGUCUUAUAUUACACUUCCAGAGGACAUAAAAAAUAAAAAAGCAAUUAUCAAUCCCCAAAACUCAGACCAACAGUGCUUCAAGUGGGCAAUCAUAGCGAGACACGUUUCGGGUAAUGCCAAAAAUCAAGUGGCUGAAAAUUAUACAUCGCUCGAGGACAAAUAUAAUUUUUCUGGUUUAACAUUCCCAACACCUGUGAGGGAAAUAAAAACAUUUGAAAAAAAUAAUCCGAAAAUAUCAGUCAACGUUUAUGGAUUAAAAAAAGAAAAGAAUAAGAAACAUAUUGUUUAUCCACUUAAGGUUGCGGAUGAAGAAAAAAAAUAUCAUUUUGAUCUCUUACUAAUUACUGAUGGUAAUAAAAGCCACUACACCUACAUUUCUAACCUUUCGAGGCUUGUGAGAUCACAAAAAACAUUACACGCCGAAAAUGUUGUAUUUUGCAAACGAUGUUUUACCAGUUUUGACAAUAUACAUACAAAAUAUAAGUUAAAAGGUCAGGCGGGACUUGAACAACACAAGUUGAUAUGUGGAGCACAUAAGCCAAUUCUGCCUAAGAUGCCUGAGCCCGGUACAUUGUUAGAGUUCGAUGGGUGGAGUAACACUGAAAGACAUCCGUUCGCGAUAUAUGCCGAUUUCGAGGCACUCCUUGUUAAAUGCGAAGAAAAAAAAGGCAAAAAAACAGCAGCUUUUCAAAAGCACGAGCCAAUGAGCUAUGGAGUUUUCGUAAAGGCUUCAGAAAACGUCCCCAUUGAGUUGCUUGAGAAAUAUGACAUACCAACAUCACCUAUUAUUUAUCGUGGAAGCGAGUCACAUCAGGAUGUAGCCAAGCGUUUCGUUAAUGAAGUAACAGAGAUCGCGAGAAGAGUUCAAGAUUUACUUAAAACAAAUAAACCCAUCAUAAUGACAGAAAAAGAGCAAAUAGCACAUGUCUCGAAAAGUACAUGCAAUCUAUGUGAAUGUAAUUUUUCUAUCAAAAACCAAAAGGUGGCAGAUCACUGCCAUCUAUCAGGGACAUUUAGGCAAACUUUAUGCAAUACUUGCAACCUGAAACUCCAAAAACCUAACUUUAUACCGUGCUUUCUACACAAUUUGUCUAAUUACGAUGCACAUUUCAUCGUAACCGAACUCGGAAAUGACACUAAAUCAAUCUCAGUAAUUCCAAACAGUGAAGAAAAAUACAUUUCAUUUUCAAAACACGUUACCAACAACUUUUCAAUUCGAUUCAUAGACUCUUGUCGAUUCAUGGCAUCAAAGUUAUCAACACUCGCAGAAAAUUUAUUAACACCAGGGUUCAAGAAGUUCAGAGAAACCGCAAAAGCAUUCGCACCCAGAGAUAUGAAUCUCGUCACACGUAAGGGUGUAUACCCUUACGAGUUUACCGAUAGUUGGGACAAGUUAGAAGAAACGAUUUUGCCUCGGAAAGAAGAUUUUUAUAGCACAUUAACGGAAGAACAUAUAGACGAUGAGGAAUACGAACACGCAGUCACAGUAUGGAACCAUUUCAAAUGCAAAACCCUAGGAGAAUAUAGCGAUUUGUAUCUAAAAAUUGACGUGCUGCUGUUGGCUGACGUGUUUGAAAAUUUCAGAGACAUGUGCAUUUCUACAUACAAUUUAGACCCUGUUUACUACUUUACAGCUCCAGGUUUUAGUUUUGACUGUAUGUUGAAAUAUACCAAAGUCAAACUAGAAUUACUCUCUGAUUUUGACACCCACUUAUUUUUCGAAAAUUCAAUCCGCGGCGGCCUCACACAAGCAAGUAUGAGGUACGCUAAAGCUAAUAAUGAAAAAACCCAAGAUUAUGACCCAACAAAGUCAAAAUCGUGGAUAGUUUACCAAGAUUGUAACAAUUUGUACGGGUGGGCAAUGUCACAGCACAUGCCAUACGGUGACUUUAAAUGGGUGGAGCCUAAGUUAGAUGGAUUAGAUGCUUUGACGCCGACGUCAGAUAUAGGCAGAGUGUAUGAGGUAGACAUAUCAUACCCUAAUGAACUCCAUGACUUACACAACGAUCUUCCAUUUUUACCUGAGAACAAAAUUCCUCCUGGUUCAAAAGUGAAAAAACUUAUGGCGACACUUCAUUCAAAAAAAAAUUACGUAAUCCAUUAUCGAAACCUGCAGCAAGCCAUAGCAAAUGGUUUAAUUGUAGAAAAAGUACACAGAGUUUUAGAGUUCAAACAAUCGGAUUGGCUUGCAAAAUACAUUAAAUUAAAUACCGAAAUGAGGAAGAACGCAAAGAAUGAAUUCGAAAAGGAUUUCUUCAAACUCUUAAACAAUGCAGUUUUUGGGAAAACUAUGGAAUCUUUACGGAAACGUUUUAAGAUGGAACUAGUUUCAUGUCCACAAAGAUUACAAAAACUAAUCAACAAGCAAACAUUUAAACAUUGUACGACAUACAGUGAAAAUCUUGCUGCUGUCUCAUUGGAAAACAAAAUUAUCAUGUUUAACAAGCCAAUAUAUAUAGGUUUCGCAGUAUUAGAUAUCAGUAAAACCAUGAUGUACGAUUACCAUUUUAAUGUAAUGAAGGCGCAUUAUGGUGAUAAUAUCAACCUCAUGUAUACAGAUACAGAUUCACUGAUAUAUCACAUUAAGACUGACGAUUUUUACAAAGAUUUGAAGUGCAAUUCAAACUUACUUGACCGGAUGGAUACUUCAGAUUUACCGAUAGACCAUCCAUGCUACAUUUCCGAACGAAAGAAAAUUCCAGGAUUGUUCUCCGAUGAGGGAAAGGGACAGCUAAUUACCCAGUUUAUCGCGCUUCGAGCAAAGUCAUACGCUUACAUUUUGAACGACAAGGAGAAAAUUAAGGCAAAAGGCGUACGAGGGCACGUAGUUAAAAAUCACAUGACUUUCAAUGAUCAUUUCGAUUGCCUUUUCGCCGAUGACGAAAAAGAGAACUCUAAACUGUAUACUAGGGAAAAUGUAUCCAUCAGAUCAUUCAACCAUAAGAUACGAACAAUCAAAUCCAAAAAAUUAUGCUUCAACCGACAAGAUGAUAAGCGGAUAGCAAAGACCGAUAGAAUACAUACCUACGCUCAUGGACAUUUUAAACUCGAUUGUUAAUUGUAUUUAAAAAAAAAAAAAAAAACUAUAAACAUACAUAUAUAUUUGUAAAUUAUAUUUAAUUUUAUAAAUGUUUAGGUUAAUUUAAUUUUUAUUUUGUGAAAUAUCUCUGUAGAUAUUAAUUAGUUUAUUAUUUUUGUAAAAUAGCUGUGUAGAUAUUAUUGUGUUUUGUUUUUUAUUUUGUAAAAUAUCUCUAUAUAUAUAUUAAAUUGUUUUUUUUUUUGUAAUAAAGUCACUUAUCAUAAUUCAAAUCUUUUUAUUAUUUUUGAUAUAUUAUUUCCUUUUCUCGCAUGUAUAAUUCUUUACAUCUGAACAUACAUUGUAAAGGUACAUGUAUGCUAGAACAAUAUAAGUAUACUAUCAUGGCUUCAUAUUAUUUAAUGCUAAAUGUUGG